GACACCAAAGUGGGCGGUGCCGCGUGACCGGAAGCAGCGCCGUGAGGGGAAAAAAAAGAGAGGAGGCUUGUGAGGGACGGCGAGUCCGGGCGGCGGAAGGACGGCGGUGUGACGGAGCGGCUCCCGUUUCAGAUCCCGAUCGGAAACAGGGGAGCUGAUCUCGGAGUCAAGCGGUAAAGAUGGUGAUCAAUGUCUGCCUGCCGCAGUUCAAGCCGAGAAUUCACUGCAACAAGAUCUCCGCUGACGGUUACGAAGUCGAAAAUCUCAUCUCGGAAGACCUCGCCAAGAGAAACCGCGGGUUCCGCUGCGAAUAUUUCAUCAAGCCCCCCGUCCAGGUGACGCUCUCUUUCCCCUUCAACCUAGAAGUCUGCCGGAUUAACGUCGACAUUUCUUCGGGAAGCUGUCAGAACAUCACGGGGCUGGACGUUUGGACCUCCGCCUCGUCCGGCAAAGCCUCCGGGAACAGCCCGGAGUCUCCGUUCUCAGGUCAACCCGCGUCGGACAAAGAGGCCUUCACGUUGGUGGGCAAAGCCGUGCUGAAGAACCAAAGCAAAGUGACUUUCGGCCACCGGGGCUUCAAGCCGCGGCCUCCUUUCCAGCAUCCGACGGACACUCUCGCUUCCUUCUCCGGCGCCGCCUCGCUGGACCUGUGGAACAAAGGCCCCUUCUCCCUGAGCGGCGUAUCCCACUUGAAAAUCUGCAUUACCCAUGUGGCAGGGGGCGGUCUCCCUUGCAUUAAGAAACUGGAGGUCUGGGGCCAGCCGUCCAGAUACUGCCCUCACAAUGUGGUGCUCGACGUGCUCCGCAUUGCCUCGGAAUCCCCGGCGCCGGGCUUCGGCGGGCAGGCGUCCAGCCUCCCAUCCCCGAUGGAGAGUGACGUGGUGCCCUUCGACAACCCGGACAGCCAGGAGCAGAAGCUGAUGGAGGCCCUGCAGGACGUCCCGGAAGAGUUCUUGGACCCCAUCACCCUGGAGGUGAUGACCUUCCCCAUGCUACUGCCCUCGGGCAAAGUGAUCGACCAGGAGACCCUGGAGAAGUGCAACAGGAGCGAGGCUUCCUGGGGCCGGGUGCCCAGCGACCCCUUCACGGGGGUAGCUUUCAGCCAGCACUCCCAGCCUCUUCCCCACCUCUCCCUGAAAGCCCGGAUCGACCACUUCCUCCUCCAGCACAGCAUCCCCGGCACCAACUUGCUCGGGAGGGCUCAGGCCUCAGGGGCCGUCGUCGCCUCUUCCGUGGCCAGGUCUUCUCUGAAAAGGAAAAUGGACCUGCUGGAGCGGAACCUGGGUCGCCACGGCUACCUGGACCCUUCCCGCUUGGUGCCCAAGGACCCGGUCGCCACGUCUGCCUCCGAGUCCCACACGAAAAAAAUGAGAAUGGAGUGCGAGGGGAACGCCUCCCAGAUGGACUGCUCGACAGAUCCCGUUUCUCAUGAGCAGAGGCUCUCUGUGAGCUUGGACAGCGCCUUGAGCUCCAUGCCGUUGUUCACGGCUAGCCUGACGAAAAGCCAGCUAGCUCCACGUAGUGCUGCCAGCGGCCCCUUGAACCCCAUCAGUGGAUAUGAGCACAACAGAAACGGGGCUCUCCACGGCUGUUCCUCCUGCUGCAAGACCUUCUCCUCCUACUUCAAGCCAGAACCUAUUUAUCAGCUCCCUUGCAGCCACCUCGUCUGCCGUUCCUGCUUGGCCGAAAAACAGAAGUCUCUCUCGAUACUCUGUACGAAUUGCAAAAGGUCGGUUGCCACGCACGACAUCAUGAGGGUUCACUUCUAACUCUCUUCGGGACGGGGGUUCGGAACCUCGCGAGCUGCCGAAGGAGAGCCCCGAAGCAGCCGGUUCUUCCCUCCCCAGCCCUCUCACCGAGUUGGGCCAGCCGAGACCUUCCUUGCGGAAAGGAGCGUUUCUGAAGAGGACGUUGCAUGAAAAUGCAUAGAUGGGGCCGUAGCGUUUUGCUGGAGCUAAAGCGAUCCAAGGAUAAUAAAGCCAUACGCUUCCUUUAAUCGUAAAA